AAUAUGAGAUCUAUAAUUUGUCCGUAAAUCCCCGGCCCCAAAAAACCAGAAAUCCCAAUUUGGCAUCUACUUUCUUCGUCGGAUCGAAGCCACUGACGCCGAAAUUCGACUGAUAUUCUUCGUCGGAAUUCAGCGGAGGGGCCAUACUCGGGGAGAGAGAAGCAAUGAGUUCUCUGGGGACGGCGAAGGGCAUCCUGGAGAUCGCCAAAUUCGCAUUGUACAUCGCCAUUCCGGCCUCUCUAACCUAUGCAGUCGCCACUGAUUCCGGCACUCUUCACAAGCUCAUGGGAUUCAGGCCUUAUGUUGUUUAUCCUCCUGAGGGUCCUCCUCCUCCAUCCCCAGAAGAGCUACGUGACAUGGCCAGGGAGUUGGCGCGUAAGAAUAAAGCUUAUACUCUUCAAUGAAUCUUCUUAAGAUUAGGAAAUAAUAAUGCAAAAUUUGCGUCCGGAGUCCAGUAAGCAUAUGUCACGGGGGCAUGUGGGCCUCAAUCCUCUUAAAAACCUACCAACCAGUGUACUGCAGUAUGGAGGGCCAUUUGCCACAUGUCAAGUGUUGAUGGACUCCUGUCACAAAUUUGUAUCCGGUGUUCUGAUAGAAUAAUCUCUCUAAGAUUAGCGGUCCUUUCACCUUAAUGGCUUUUCAUGUGUAGUAGAUAUGCUUUUAUGAGCUUGUAUUUAGCCAAAAUUAAGUUAAAUAUAUGGUAUGUAUCAAUAAACAUUUCAAAAUUGAGAUAAUAUGUGAUGCAAACAUUAA